GUCUCCUCAUCUUCCAGCAGCUCCCUCAGCUGGACAACGCCUAACCGCCUGACGUGCUCCAGGCUGGCGCCACAGUCCCAGCUGUGAGGCAUUCCACUCCUCUGUUCGGCUGUUUGUCGGAGUGAUCUGGUAUAGACUGGAUCCCCAGGUCUCCUUUCAGACGCAGAGGUGUUUCUAACUGCUGAGCAGGUGGACAGACCAUGAGACACACUCACAGCAACCAGAGAUGUGGGUUGCCACUGCUGUAUCAGGGGCUAUUGUCCAAGACUCAUGACAAAGCAGUGAUGUGAGGCAUCAUGGGCUGUUGUCCAGGACUCACUAGCUAGAGGACUCCGAAAGUUACAUAACAGCUGUUUACUUGGGAGACCUCUGCACUACAGAGCUCGGUUCUUCUUCCUCUGAAGAAGCUGGAGUACUGGGAUGUCCACUGUGACAUUUGCUUCAACGUUUCAAGCAGCUUUGCCUGAGACAAGACAAUCAUGAGCACAGAGGCAGCCUGCAGGCCACAGGAGCUGGAUUCUGAGUAUGCUGAAUUGGCCGAUAUGGUAGCUGCCAUUGAUGUAGCAGCCAGUAGGGUGACCCCACCCAAUGGCCACAGGAGCCCCCCUCACCGCCUGCUACUCUCCGACCGCAAGUUCUCUUUGCAAGAGCGCGGGAGUUACCAGAACGGGACGACUCCCAGGAUAGCCAGGAGGCCGACCAUCGAGUCCAAACGGGUGUCUAUCUCAGAUGGCGAGGACUGUGUCCAGCUUAACCAGUACAAAUUAAAGAAUGAGAUUGGAAAGGGCUCAUAUGGUGUGGUUAAACUGGCUUAUAAUGAAGAUGACGAUCAGUACUACGCUAUGAAGGUGGUCUCCAAAAGAAGGCUAAUGAAGCAAUGUGGAUUUCCACGGCGUCCGCCUCCCAAAGAAAGUGCUGCCUCACAGGGCAACCGCCCGAAACCGUUCGGCCCUUUGGACAGAGUGUACCAAGAGAUUGCCAUCUUGAAGAAACUUGACCACCUGAAUGUCGUCAAACUAGUGGAGGUUCUCGACGAUCCAGAUGAAGAUAGCCUGCACAUGGCCUUUGAGUUGGUGCCAAAAGGCCCAGUGAUGGAUGUACCCACAGAUAAUCCCUUAACAGAAGAGCAGGCCAGGUUCUACUUCAGAGACGUAAUCCUGGGCAUCGAAUACUUGCACUAUCAGAAGAUCAUACAUCGAGACAUAAAGCCUUCCAACCUGCUGCUCGGAGACGAUGGCCAUAUUAAGAUCGCAGACUUUGGAGUCAGUAAUGAGUUUGAGGGCAGCGACGCGCUGUUAUCAAACAGUGCAGGAACACCAGCCUUCAUGGCACCUGAGACUCUCACUGACCAGGAGCAGAGAUUCAGCGGAAAGGCUUUAGACGUGUGGGCGAUGGGAGUAACCUUAUUCUGUUUUGUCUUUGGGAAGUGUCCUUUUGUGGAUGACUACAUUUUAGCCCUGUACGAGAAAAUAAGGAAUAUGCCAGCGAUCUUUCCAGAUAUGCCUCUUAUAAGCGAGGAGCUGAGGGAACUAAUCACCAGAAUGCUGGACAAAGUUCCUGAAACAAGGAUCACCAUUUCAGAAAUAAAGCUGCACCCAUGGGUGACACUGAAUGGUUUGGAGCCGCUGCCCCUGGAGGAGGAGCACUGCACGGUGGUGGAGGUUACAGAGGAGGAGGUCCAGAACUCCGUCAAGCUCAUCCCCAGCCUGUCUACUGUGAUCCUGGUGAAGUCCAUGCUGAGAAAACGCUCUUUUGGGAACCCCUUCGACUUCCUGAGCCGCAGGCAGGGCAGGUCCAUGUCUGCCCCAGGAAACCUUAUAUCCGACACGUCGUUGUUCCGCGCCUCUGUGAACAUUCACCCAUCAUUAAGCAGAGCGAGUGAUGGGAGUAGAGAAGGAGAACUGGAGGACCUUUAUGAGGAUGAAGAUAUGUGAAUAUGUAACUGCUUUGCCUUUGCCAUUGAUGAAUUCUGUAUGUUUUUGCACAACUAGAUAGCAGAAAGUAUGCAUCCAAUAGUUUAUAUUGAUUUAAUGUGCAUUUUCAGUUCAAACUUUUACCAGAGCAACACAUUGUUACACAAUAUGAAAAUAGAAUUUGUAUAUGUAUAUGUAUAUGUAUUUGUAUAUGUAUAUGUAUUUGUAUAUGUAUAAAAGGAGACAUAUUUUGAGCCUGCAAACCGCUGCAUUGGCCCCUUAUCAGCAAACAGGAUCCCAAAGAGCUUUAGUGUUGGUCAGUUAAAGUGCAAAGCACACAUCGCCGCUUUCUGAGUGCCAAGAGUAGAGAUUAUUAAUGUCUCAUUAAGAGAUAAUUACAGAGGAGUGAUUAUUAAUUGCAUAAAUAUAGGUUAAGAUCAGAGCACAUACUUGAAAACUUACAGUGCUAGACGUUUUAAUAUGUCCAUCUAAUUAGUAAUAACAUUGUGUCAGGUUAGAUGUUUGUAUAUCACGUUGUUUUUAAGGUUAUUUACCAUCUUACUGCACUGCUGCUGUGAUCUCUUUGAUCUUCUAUAGACUACACAUUGCCCACAAACUGAUUGCAUAGUUGGCUGAAUGUUCUGUAGAAAAACAAUAAAUAUUUUUGUUACUUUUUGCUUCAGAUAAAAUAAAUGAAUGUUUCUAA